AUGUCCCGACUAGAGAUCGCCGCCAAAAGCGAACUGGCGCUUGUGCUACCAAGCCUGGUACUAGCAAACCACCUUCACAUCACUGGCGUCUUGCCGGACCUUAUCCGCUGGUUCCAAGCCGGUAAGACCUUGAACGAUGGUUGGAGAGUGGGUAGUCAAGUCCGCGAAUUUUGCUGGCAUGGACCGCAAAGAAUCCACGGCCAUCCGAUUGGUCUUGAGUCGCGCCUCAUACUGCAUACGCUUGUCGUCGGCAAUAUGCUAUCCCUCGCCGGCCUGGCGAUAUGGUCCGCUCUUCGAUCCAACCUUGCGGGCCAAUCCCUCAUACCACAAAACGGGCCGUCAUGUCCACCGCUGCUAGCACCACUCAUCGAGAAACUUACCGCCCCGGCCUUUGAAGAGGGUGCAGGGGAACGUGCUGCCACAUUGGAUGCCGGGGCCGGCUAUAACAUUGACCUACCGUGUCAUACAGCCGUUGUUCUGCAGGAUGCGGUAUGUUGCGCUGUGACUGGUAUAGACAACGCAGGUCUCGAGCCCUUGACACUCCCCAAGUACAUCAAGAAGCCCGAGCUUGGCUCCAGGACUGUGCUUCUGAGCCCCACAGUUCUUCUCGAGCAAGUCGACGCGCAGUCCUUUGCCGUGGGCGAAGAGACUACGCUGAUGAACGGGGGCAGCGCGAUUAUCCAAGAGAUCGAAAAUGGCCCUGGCGACCAAACCAUCAAGACGCUCAAACUGCAGUUUACCCCUAGAGGCGACGUGAAGAAAACCGAGGUCACUUGGCUGGCAGACACGAACGAGAAUUUGGUUCCCGUUGACUUGGUCUUGUUUGAUUACUUCAUUACAAAAGACAAGCUGGAGAAGUCUGACGACCUCCGGGAUUGCCUCACCGAUGGCACCGAGUUCAGACAGCAGGCAUUUGCUGAUUUCAAUGGUUACAACGUCAAGCCCCUGAAGAGAAGUGCCCUUAUUCAGUUCUAG